CGACAAACAUCAGGUCGUGUUUAUAUUGCAGUUUCUUUAUUUUCACCGUCGUCCUGAUCAUGGCAGCACUACAAAAAUUGUUCAACUUGCGUGCUCCUGUCGGUACCAUCGUGCGCUGUAUCAGUACCAGCGUACCACGGUUCGAAAUCUUCAAAGUACAAACUCCGGAAGAGUUUAACGAAAAAGUUCGCAACAGCAAGGACCCGGUGAUCGUGGACUUCUUUGCAACGUGGUGUGCACCGUGUCGCAUGCUUACUCCCCGCAUCGAAACAGUAAUUGGUGAAAAUGAGGGCAAAGUAAAGCUGGCAAAGGUUGAUAUUGACGAGCACACGGAUCUUGCGUUGGAUUAUGAGGUUGCGUCCGUCCCUGUGCUACUAGCGAUUCGCAACGGAAAAGUUGAGCAGCGGCUGGUCGGUUUGCAGGAUACGGAUAAACUGCGAACGUGGGUGCAGAAUGUAGUGGGAAAAACGAAAUGAUGAUCCUGUGUCUAGCUCGGGUCCCCUAAAAGGAGGCUGGUUAUAAUUUGUGCUCAUUUUCAUCAUCCAUUAGAUGGAUCAAGUGUGUUCCAUUUUCCCGACAAGGAAAUGACUCUUCAUUGAUGUUUACGACAAGGUGUGUAAAGUGCGUUAGUUAGAAACCUUAUCUUUCCAUAGCCUGGAAUAAAGCAAUCACAAGGUACA